AUGAAGCGAAGUGAGUCAACGAGUGGGCUCCACGCGGCGUGCACGCGUGCGAGAACAGAUGGAUGGUUGUGGCUUCGCAAUAAUGGGUUGAAUUUGAGUAAACUGGGGUGCCUAACUGGAUCCACUGUGAUAAAAUCUGUGGAAGGUCGUCCUUAUUGGGAGCCAACACAUUGCUUAUGCUGUAACGUGGAAGUCACGAUGAUGUGUUUGACUAACGUUCAGGCGAAGCUUCGCGAGCAAAAUGGGUGGCCAACAAUCAAAGCCCUUGCCUUGAUCACUGCAGCCUCACCAAAAGUGGCGUGUGAGGAGGGUAAGUGUGAGUUUUGUCCUCCUCCAUCCUUUGGUGGGGUGGAGUUGACAUGGAUCUUGACCCUCUUUGGUGAAACAUUCCUUGGACUCAUUAUUUGGCCCGCACUUAUCUCACAAACUUUGGUUUUAAAAUCCUACAAUAUUCGAGGACUCCCUUUGAAAACUGUUCCUUGCGUUGUCGUUUUCUGCCCUUAUAUUAUUCCCCUCUCUUUUCUCACAAAAC